AUGGCUGUAACUUCUGAAAAGGAAUUCCAUGUCGCCAUUGUCGGCGCUGGCAUUGGCGGUCUCGCCUUGGCCAUGGCUCUCCACAAAAAGGGCAUCUCGUUCACACUCUACGAAGAUGCAAAGGAGUUCUCAGCAGUUGGCGCUGGAAUUGGAUUUGCCCCAAACGGCAUGCGCACUAUGGAUUUGAUUGAGCCUGGCUUCCGACCACUGUAUGAGAAGAUCUGCGUCGGAAAUAAAGGUGAUGACGCACAGACAAUUUUCUUUGAGGGCAUGCUUCUUGAGGAGGGAUUUGGCCGUGAUCAACCUUGGGUUGGGAAGUCAGGAUGGGGCCACCCCGAUUAUAUCCGCAAAUCUGCCCACCGAAAGGAACUUCUUGAUAUCAUGACAAGCUUUGUUCCCAAAGAUAGUGUCAAGUUCAGCAAACGUCUAACAAAGAUUAAGCAGAGCCCAGAUGGCGUGACUCUUUCUUUCCAAGAUGGCACCACAGCCAACUGCGAUAUUCUCGCCGGUGCCGACGGCAUCAAAAGUACCGUCAGAGGCCACGUGCUGGAAAAGCACCCCAACCAGAUCGCCCCCGUUUACGCUGGUGCUUACUGUUACCGCGCUGUCAUUCCCAUGGACGAGGCCUACGAGAUCUUGGGCGAUCUCACAGAUGUCGCCAAGUUUUACUUUGGUCACAAGAAAAGUGCUAUCAGCUACCGAAUCACUCAGGGCAAUGAAUUCAACUAUCUUCUAUGCGUGGCAGAUGGUCUAAAUGCAUGGAAGAUUCCACACGCAGUCACGGAGCUUAUCCCCCACGAGCAAAUGAUGGCCGACUUUGAAGGCCCUGGAAUCGACCCAAAGUUCCGUGAACUGCUUGCCAAAGCUAAGCCCGUCAAGUGGGGAUUCUUCCAUCACCGUCAUACCGCAGCAUACUUCCGCGACCGUGUUGCUCUAGUCGGCGACAGCGCCCACGCUUCCCUACCUUUCCAGGCCGCCGGUGCCGCUCAGGGUCUAGAAGAUGCUCUCGUUCUGUCCGCUCUCGUUGCUGAGCUAGCUAAGCAGCAUCAACGUGGUGCCAGUCAGCAACCUGCAAUUCAAGCCGCCCUAACUGCUUACGACUCUGUCAGACGACCUCGAGCGCAGAAGCAGCUCGAGCAAGCGGCUGAGGUUGGCGAUAUGAUGUUCUUUCAGCACAAGGAGGCUGGUGAUGAUAUGCUCAAGAUUCUACCCCAUCUUCAGCAGGGAAGAUUCAACUGGCUGUGGUUCCAUGACAUGAAUGAUGAUGCUAAGGAGGCAGUGAGCAGAAUGCACAAACUUAUUGGCUCCAACCCUCCAUCAAGAAUAUAA